AUGCAUCGUCAAAACUGUUGCUAUAACCCGGAUUCACGUGGUAUCCCUACCGUACCACCGCCAUUCGCCUUCUUUGUUGCACAUUUCGAAGGCGCAUACCCGAGAACAGUGAACGGGUCUCGACUGGAAUUACGCUCGUUUCCCGGCAGUCCGAUCGGCGAUUUCAGAAGGAGAUAUCCGUCUUCUUUUGCCACGAAUAUGAUGUUGACUGAGCAGGAUAAAAAUGCAGAACACAAUGAUGAAAAUACUCGGCAAAGUCGGUCGCCAUCGGUCGAUUCAGUGAGCCGUCUGCAUCAGCAAAGUGGGGGCUUUGCUUCACAAAAUCAGCAACAAAAUUCGCAGAGUCAACAGCCGACACAGCAACGUCGUGGCAGUUUUUCGAAGGAUGGUGGUGGAAACGGUGGUUAUUAUCAGCAGCAGAAUCAGAAUGGAUAUAGAAGACAAAGCUUCAGUCAACGCGGAAACCGCAGUAACAAUCAGAGAAGCGGUUCGAGUUAUCAGGGCGAGCAACUUGGCAAUAAUUAUCAGCAGGGAUAUCAACUGAAACAGCAGAGGGCCUAUCAGAAUUACCCUCAACACCAAUCGAAGUACUUUUACCAGCCCAGACCAAUUUUCAAUUCAACGCAAGAAUUUGGCCCAUUCUCAGCUCGCCGCCAGUCCCCAUCAUCACCAUCGUCGCCAACACCUUCAGCAACGAAUUCAAGUUCAAACAGGAAUCAGAUUCCCCCGCCACCGAUUCUUCUACGUCACGUUGAGUCACUACCACACGAAAAAGGGUUCAGUGGGAGUGGAAGUGAGCAAGAGCAGCAUCAUGAUGCCAAGAUUCAUCAGUAUCGAUCAGCGGGCACGGCGCCUGGUGGAUUUUCUAAUAACUCGUCUCCCUUCAAGCAGCAGACGCCGACCACUCCAUCUUCCUCUGAAAAACGAGGAGAACCAGAAGAAUGGCCCACACGAUUCCAACAUCCACCGCCAGGCCUACAGAAUCCGUUUAGACGUCCACACGAUAAUAUCCCGCCGCCGAUUGAGCUUCAACGCAAGAAUCCAGUGGCAUCGCUUCCGAUUGAUAUUCCGCCGAAUAGUCAGCCAUCAACGCCCUCGUCAUUUGAAAGAAAUGCACAAUUUAGAGCUGCUAUCAAAGAGGGAGUCUCGGUUGACAGUGUAGACGCCAAGCAUGCAUGCUUCGCCAAUGAACGGAUGCACAGUGCUAUUUAUGGGUGA